GCCUUUCUUGCGGUCAGUAAGUUGUAGUUGUUCCAUGAACCACACACUACCAAAGGCACAUAUGUUCUGGACAUACGUGAUGUUUCCACAAAAGGACAGAGCUCGGGCAAAGAUGGACAGGAGAAAGCAACUUGUUCUUGGGAUGGAGUCGCCAACAGAAACGGAAAACCAAGCAUCAGGAAUGUUGAGAGAGCUGGCCCUGAAGUGGUUCACAGAGACCCAGGCACCACUCAUUCUACACAAUGGAAGCUUGCCUGGCUGGUUCCAUGGAAUCAUCACCAGGAAGGAUGCAGAAGAUCAGCUCAAAGAUAAACAGCUUGGAUGUUUUCUCAUCAGGCUCAGCGAUAGAGCUAUUGGAUACAUUCUUUCAUACAAGGGAAAAGAUCGCUGCCGUCACUUCGUUAUCACCCAGAAUAAGAAUCAGCAUUUCAUCGUUUCUGGAGACACCGAGACCCAUGCAAGUCUAACAGAUUUGAUUCUGUAUUACAAGACCACAGCUAUCGAGCCUUUUGGAGAGUACCUUUCAUUGCCCUGCAGCCAUAAUCCUGAGAAUUGCUUGUAUGAUGAAAUUAAUUUCAGUGAGAAAAAUGAGUCCAGUGUAUCUGUAAAAGCUGCAAGAGGUUUUUGGGACCAGAAGACAUUUCAGAGUGACAAGACGAACAGUGCAAAGAGGCCUCCAUUACCACCAAAAAGUACCAAUAAAAGACUGACAGCACACCCAUCGCUGGAGGGUCUUCCAUCCAUUGAACAGGUUGCAGACAAAGCCCUCUCCAGAGGAUCCUCUGAUGAUAAAGUCCAGCCGGCCAAGAAUAUCCUAUAUGCACAGCUUGAUAAUAAAGUGAUUCGAGAAAGAGCUAACUACAAGCACAGAGAGGACAACACAGUCCACGCUGAGAAGGGAAGACGUAGUCCUCCUGCAGAAAAUAGCCUUUAUUCUCGGGCAAAGGAACCCAGACAGGUCUGCAGCCAGAUAUCUGAGCCUAGAUUUCGCUCUAAAACUGUGUAUUCUGAACUGAAUUUGGACUCCAGAAGUAAAUCCCUGCCUGCACUGGAGGAUCUUCAGAUUACAGAUCGUAGUAACUUCAAACUGUGCACCCCUCCUUCAACUCCACCCAAACUGUCGCCUAAAAUACCAAGCAAAUCCAGCUGUUUCUCCGUCCCUGAAGAAGGUACCUUCUCAGACCAGCAUUUCAAACACAACCCCUCACCAUACUCCACCAUCACUGGGAACAUCAGUGGGGACGGAUUUAAACAAACAAGCGACAACCCACUCUAUGAUUCUCAUGAAAGAAGCAAUUACGAGGAGAUCCCAGUGAGGCAGCCACCGUUCCCCUGGGAGGCUGGUUUCAGCCACCCUUAUCCAGAGGCACCCCGGCGUCAGAUGCCAACACCACCGCCUGAAAACACCUACGAUCAUGUUCCCAACGAGCCAGUUCCCAACAGGUUAUUCCUGGAGAACACCUACGAGCAGAUUCCAGAAAGGGUUACCAAAAGCUUGCCUUUGGCAGACAAUACUUAUGAGACACUGUCUGACACCUUUUCCAAACAUUUGGAUGCAAGUUCAGUACAAAAGAAUGACAAACGGAGGAGAUUCUUUGCAGACAGGAAGAACAAAUAAUACACCUUUGGGAAAUAUUAAUGUUCUGACAACCAGAAAAAUAAACAUACACUAUUUGUAUUUGUGAAAUAUUAUUACUGUUUGUAACUUCAACAAAGCUGGCAAAGUUAAACACUUCCAUACCUAAAACAAUACAUCUAUAACACUAUUAAGAAUGUCUAAACUAAACCUACAAUAGAAAGUGAGUCUCUUUAAUAUGCUU